GCGAGCGCCUCUCCCCCCUCUGUGCUGCAGCAGCUGCACGACCCCCACGAAACCGAAGCGCCCGCGCGUGGGGGCGUGGGGGCGUGGCGCACCGCGCAGACUUCCCCCGCGCUCGUCACCGUCCGUCGCCUCUUCCCCUGCUCUCUCCGUCUCCACUCCAGCCUCCCUCCCCGGACAGGUCCGCUCCGCCCCCCGGCAGCCGCCGCAGCAUACGCCCGCGCCGGCCCGCGCGUCUCGGAAGGAAAAAGGUUUUGAGGAUGGUGGGGGUCGGCGUGGAGCCGCCGGCGCCGCCCGCGGAGGCCGCGGCGGGUCUGUCGCCGCGCAGGUUGAGGCAUAGGAGGGCCUCCGCCAAGCGGUCCUGGUCGUCCGGGUGCGGCCGUUCCCCCGCGCCCCCGCCCGCGGCAGGCGAUGGUUUGAAUGGCGCGGUUGGCGGCGCCCGCGUCCUCGGCGGCGGAGCGGACGAGGUGGUCGCCGACCCCGCCGCCGUUUCGCCUCCGGCUCAAAACGGCUCCCUACUUCGGCAGCAGGGCUCGGAUGCGGUGGACGAGGCGGCCGUUUCACCUGUGGCGCGGAACGGCGCUCUUCUUCGGCAGCAGGGUCUGGAUAAUGUGGAGGCGGCGCUCGGCCCCGUGCAAAACGGCGUACCUCCUCGGCAGGGCCAUAAUAAGAUGGGUGAGACGGUUGCUCCUUCACCUGUUUCGCCUGUUGCGUCCAACAGCGGCAUCCAGCGUACCCUGCCUGAAUCGGGCCUGGAGAAGGCAGGGGUGGAUGAAGACAGGGGUGAGAAUGGAGAGACACAGUUGCUGGAUGAUGCAGGCGUGCCGGCAAUGGAAGGUCAGGAGGGGAACAGGUUGGUCAAGGUGAUGGCACCAGGGGUGGCGGUACCGGAUGGUUGCGACAUUGUUGGUUCUGGUAGUUCUGCGCAGAACGGUGGUGAGAGGUGUGGUUUGUUGGCGGCAGAGGGAGAUGUGGGGAGGGAGGAGGUUGCUGGUGAUGGGGAUGUCAUGGAGAUGAGAAACAGAGCAGGUGGUGGUGAGUCAGAGAGGAAGGAAAAUGGAUUUGCAGGUAGCAGAGCGAAGAGAUGCUUGACGUCUGCUGUGAAUCUGCCGCCUAAGAAGAUGGCAGUCGCAGCCAUAUGCAAAAUUCCACCUGGCUGUGAGAGGACUGCUGUGACAACAAAAAAAAGUGGAGUUUUGGAGGUCUCACCUGCACGCGCAUUUCGUCCUGGCUGUGGGAGGGCCACUCUUACCGCCAUAGACAGAGAAGUUUUGGAUGUCAAACCCAUAAGCACAUUUCCUCCUAGCUAUGGGAGGUCUGCUCUUACUUCCACAGGCAGUGGAGAUGAGGAUACCAAUGGUGAUGCCUUGGCGGAAAUUCCAGUUUCAGGAGGGUUUGCUUCUCCGACAUUAGCACUAGAUGUCUCUAAUGAGAAAAUGGAAAGCAAGAAAAUGGUGGACGAAGGAAAUAGCAAUGCUCACAGUAGGGACCAAGUUCUAGAUGAUUUUAUAGGCACUGAACAAGAUGGCAACAUGCAGAGAAAUGUUGAUGCAAAAUCUACACCGAUGAAUAGUUCCGAUGACAAGAUGAAGGGGAAACUGUCACGACAUGAAGGGAGGCAGAUAGCACGAGUAGUGGUGGAUGAUAAGAUGAAAAAUAAAAAUGAAGGAAGCUUGCAUGAAAGUACUCUUAAGUCACCUUUGAGCGAUCCCAUUGAUGCAAAGACAAAAGGAAAGAGGUUGGAGAGUGACAUGAUGAAUGUGGCGUUGCUUGGUGGGAAGAUGCAGAGUAAGACUUUGAGCACUAAGAAGGAAGUGGUGUGCUCAAAUGUGAACAUAAAGCAAAAUAAAUCUGCUCGUAAGCUGAACAAGUUUGGAAAACAUGUUGCAACCAAUGAAAUCGAAGAAAGUGGUGAUAUGAACCUUAUCCCUGACCAACUAAUUGUAGCAUUGAUGGCUCCUGACAGAUGCCCUUGGAUACGAGGAAGAAAAUCUAUUGCUAGUGCUUCCAAGUCGCUUGCUACUAGGAACAAGCUUAAAGGAAAGGAUGCUAUUCCAAGAAAAUUACUUACAGGAAAAGUGGCCUCCCGUGAAUCGAUCAACGAUGAGACAAUGGAGGACAAUGACGACCCUAACUUGGAAGAUGACCGUAACUUGGAAGAUGACGACUCUAACUUGAAAGAUGACGACAACUCCAAGGCGCUAGUUGCAUGUGGAGAAAAGCAAGAAAUAUGUGUCAUGGUUCCUCCGUCUGUUCCUUCCGGGUCACACCACAGGCAACUUGGGGACCAUGAUGUAGAUGCUCGAAGCAAAGUUAGAAAGUUGCUCCAAUUGUUCCAGGCAGCAUACCGAAAGCUUACACAACUCAUCGAACAGGGUAAUCGUGAUCUCGGAAGGGCUGACCUUGAAGCAAUUAAGGCUUUAAAGAAAGACCUUAUCUAUAACAAGCCUGGGCCCAUUGUUGGCAAUAUUCCCGGUGUUGAAGUUGGAGAUGAAUUUCACUUUAGAGUUGAGUUGUCAAUGGUUGGUCUCCAUCGCCCAUAUCAAGGAGGUAUUGACACUACGAAGGUGAAUGGUGUUCCUAUUGCUAUAAGUAUUGUUGCAUCUGGAGGCUAUCCUGAUGAAUUGUCAAGCUCGGAUGAACUAAUAUACACUGGCUCCGGAGGUAAGGCUGGCGGCAAUAAACAAGGAGACGAUCAAAAGCUUGAGAGGGGUAAUCUCGCCCUGAAAAAUUGCAUAGAUACCAAGACCCUGGUUAGAGUGAUUCAUGGGUUCAAAGGUCAAAGUAGAAGUGAAGUAAGUCCUUCUAAAGGCAAGCAAACUUCGACAUUUAUUUAUGAUGGGUUGUAUCAGGUGGUAGAAUGCUGGCAAGAAGGCCUGAAAGGCGAGAGGGUCUUCAAGUACAAGUUACAGAGGAUUGCAGGGCAACCAGAAUUAGCCCUACACGCAGUCAAGGCGACAAGGAAGUCCAAAGUUCGUGAAGGUCUUUGUUUGCCUGAUAUAUCUGAAGGAAGCGAGAGAAUACCCAUAUGUGUCAUCAACACAAUUGAUGACAUGAGGCCAGCACCAUUUAAAUACAUCAACAAAGUCAUAUAUCCAACUUGGUAUGAGAAAGAACCUCCAAAGGGUUGUGACUGCACAAACGGCUGCUCGGACUCUAUUACAUGUGCUUGUGCAAUGAAGAAUGGAGGGGAAAUCCUGUUCAAUUCCAAUGGUGCGAUCGUCGAGGCCAGCCCUCUCAUAUAUGAGUGUGGUCCGUCAUGCAGGUGUCCGCCAACAUGCCACAAUAGGGUGAGUCAGCAUGGUGUCAAAAUUCCACUAGAAAUAUUCAAGACAGGUAAGACAGGUUGGGGUGUAAGAUCCCUCUGUUCGAUAUCUUCAGGCAGUUUCAUAUGCGAGUAUGCCGGCGAGCUCCUGGAAGAUAAAGAAGCUGAAAAGAGACAGAAUGAUGAGUAUCUAUUUGAUAUUGGUAGUAACUACCAUGAUGAAGAACUUUGGGAGGGGCUAAAGUCGGUCGUUGGUGUACAAUCUUCUACCUCGUCCUCCAAGACAAUGGAGGGCUUUACAAUAGAUGCAGCUGAGUGCGGCAAUGUCGGACGAUUCAUCAACCAUAGUUGUUCACCGAACCUCUAUGCCCAAAAUGUUCUCUGGGACCAUGAUGACAUGAGGAUGCCGCAUGUCAUGCUUUUUGCUGUUGAGAAUAUCCCACCACUACAAGAGCUGACCUACCAUUAUAAUUAUACAGUAGGUCAGGUCCUUGACGAGAAUGGCAAGGAGAAGGUUAAACAUUGCUAUUGUGGCGCUUCUGAUUGCUGUGGCAGGCUCUACUGAGACAGACUGCUGUUAGCGUUUUAUGUGGCGAACUCUUGUGCCAUGGCACCGCUUUACCCUUUAUUCAUCAGUUCAUCUUGUACUUGUGGUCUUUGUAAUGUUUACAAGUAUCCCAUAGAUAAAAAUGAGACGAUUUUGUAGGGAUCGAGCUGCAUUUGCUCUCACUGUCAUCUUGUAGAAAAUAUUUAGGUCCAUUGUACUGGGUUUUAAACAUUUAAUGAAGUUUACAUGCAAUGAAGCAUGCUGUUGUCUGAAAUAUUCAACAACAUGAUGCAUGGUAGAAUUGUGCAGUGA